AUGGAGCACAACCACCUCCACCUCCACAACGGCUCGCUCCUGGCGCACCACCGCUAUGGCUGCGGCUUGGGAUACGCACCUGUCGUCUACUACAGCCUGCUGCUCUGCCUCGGGCUGCCGGCAAACAUCUUGACAGUCAUCAUCCUCUCCCAGCUUGUAGCUCGCAGGCAGAAGUCCUCCUAUAAUUACCUUCUAGCUCUAGCUGCUGCUGACAUCCUGGUUCUCUUCUUCAUCGUCUUUGUUGACUUCCUCAUGGAAGACUUCAUCUUAAACAAACAGAUGCCUCAGGUACUGGACAAAAUAAUCGAGGUUUUGGAAUUUUCUUCCAUCCACACGUCGAUUUGGAUUACGGUGCCGUUGACCAUCGACCGGUACAUCGCUGUGUGCCACCCCCUCAAGUACCACACGGUCUCCUACCCUGCUCGUACUCGCAAAGUCAUCGUCAGCGUCUACACCACCUGCUUUUUGACCAGCAUCCCCUACUACUGGUGGCCCAACAUUUGGAUUGAAGACUACAUCAGCACAUCCAUGCACCACGUCCUCAUCUGGGUGCACUGCUUCACUGUGUACUUAGUGCCCUGCUCCAUCUUCUUCAUCCUGAACUCCAUCAUUGUGUACAAGCUGCGGCGAAAGAGCAAUUUCCGCCUGCGAGGGUACUCCACGGGGAAAACAACAGCCAUUUUGUUUACUAUAACUUCUAUUUUCGCCAUACUGUGGGCGCCAAGAAUAAUCAUGAUAUUGUAUCACCUCUACGUGUCCCCUAUAAACAACAGCUGGCUGGUCCAUAUUGUGUCGGACAUCGCCAAUAUGCUGGCACUGCUGAACACUGCAAUUAAUUUCUUCCUCUACUGUUUUAUUAGCAAAAGAUUUCGCACAAUGGCAGCUGCCACCUUGAAAGCCUUCUUUAAGUGUCAGAAGCAACCUGUGCAAUUCUAUACAAACCAUAACUUUUCCAUAACAAGCAGCCCUUGGAUUUCCCCAGCCAACUCUCACUGCAUCAAAAUGCUUGUUUACCAGUAUGAUAAGAAUGGGAAGCCUAUAAAAAUAUCACCAUGA